AUCUAAUUGCGACUUAAACUGAAUUUCAAAUGAUUAGAAAUACAAUUUUCUUGAUAUGAUUCAAAACCUUUAAUUUUUAUUUUUAUUUCAUUAAUUAUUAGUUCAAAUCCAAUAGGAGGCGGAUACAUCAUAAGAUGCUCAUUUCCGCCGUCUGGUACAAGUGCAAAAGACUAAAAUUAAAAGUCAGUUUUCGCGAAGAAAAACAAACAAUCGACAAAUGCUCACUCAAGGACAAACAGGAACAAGUUUGGAGUUCUAAAACGUCUAAAACGGGUGAGACGAGAUGAACACGAGCGAGAUAACAAAUAUCAUCUCUGAUGACUGCAGGCCUUUUGAGGCCAUCUGGAAUGCAAGAAAUGGAAUCAGUGAUACUAUUUUUUACUCAAAUAUUGUCAUAAACGGGAUUUUGGCGAUACCGACCUUCGUGUCAAAUCUGAUCCUUAUUAUUGCUAUAUGGAGUUGUAACUCUAUGCGCACGCCUUCAAACAUUAUCAUUUGCUCGCUAGCGUGUUCAGAUAUUGGUGUAGGUCUUCUUGCACAGCCGCUUGCUGUGGCUAAGACGGUCAUUGAAGCGAAAGCCUCGUCAUCUUUUGACUCCUUCUGCAGUAUUCACAAAAGCAGUCGCGUCUCAUCGGUGUAUUUCUGCGUGGUGUCUUUCGUGUGUUUUACGGCAGUCAGUUUAGAUAAAUAUCUAAUGGUGCUUCUUCAUCUUCGAUACCAUGAACUGGUGACAACAAGGCGUGUAAUCGUGUUUCUCCUUAUCGUAUGGGCACUCGCAGCUCUCUGUAUAUUGUUCGAACUGUGCUGUUCCUCUGUCAUCACCAUGGUGCUUUUCAUAGGUGCUAUAGUUUGCUUCAUCGUGACAUUUACGUCUUAUGUGUGGGUUUACCGGACAGUUCGUCGCCACCAGAAAGCUAUACACGACCAGUUGCACGCUGUUGCGACCGAAUCUCGUGACAAAUCAUUAUACAUGACGCGAGUACGAAAAAACACGAUGUCGAUGAUUUUGGUCUACGUAUGGUUCGUCAUUUGCUAUCUCCCUUUUGUUGUAGUGACCGUCGUGGGAGCUGUUUGGAGCGGGAAUGAGAGUGCCAUACAAUCCGCACUUUUAUGCACAGGGACAGUUAUCUUCUUGAAUUCGUUUCUUAACCCUUUUUUGUUUUACUGGAGAAUCAAAGACUUUCGAGGUGCAGUGAGGCAGCUUAUUGCCAACAUUAUGUCAAAGAUAUUAUAAACGCGAACCUUUUUUUUAAAGAACGUCAAGCCUGAGAUCUCACCAAAUUCUAAGAGCAUGCUAAGAACGUGCCAAGGCCCAAAUAUCAGAAAAAUUCAGGUAAGCCAAAUCCGGGUUCCCUUUUUACCCCUUCAGGGGUAAAGUGUGCUGGUAAAGAGUACGUUUGGAAGGAAAAAAAACAUGUUUUUUUUUCUUGUUUUUAUCUGUUUAUUACUCAUUUACUUCACAAUUUUUUAGCCAUUUGUGUGUUUCUUUUGUUGGAAUUUGGUUCACUACAACCGGCAGUAAUGCAAUCUUCCGUCUUACAAUUUGGGAGUUGACACGUACAGUUCUUUGCAAUUUCCUGGACUUUUUCCGGUGCUGGUGCUGCGAGACCAAGCCUUCAAGCGUGUCAGUGAAUCUGAAUGACAAUGCUGCGAGCUGUGAUGCCAAUACUGUUACAUUGGUCAACAUUCGCCCGCAAUGUCAGACUUAAGCGCGAGCUUAUAGCAGACAAACGCAACGAAGUCUGUUUAGGAUGCAAGCCCAACAAUCUAGUAAUCUAAAAAUGCAACAGCCGGUUUAGGACGCAUGUGCAACAAAGUUUUAUAAAGCAAGCAGAAAAUGCAAUUGUAAAACGCAGCUAGGUUUGUUAAGGAAGAAUGCGGAAAACUUUUCUACUUUUGAAAUGCAACACAUCAAAGAUAGCCACUUAUUUGCUUAUUGUUGCGAAAAAAAUCAAAAUUCUAGAUUGAAAGAUGUAAUCAUCGCUAAAAACAUUUAUAAUUGAUAACAGUUAGCAUGCAUAUUAUCGACGAGGAGGUAAAAUUUGUCAGUGUAAUAACAGCUCCAUAUGUUCCAGUAAUUCCACGUCCAUCUUCUUCCGACGAUAAAAAUAUAACUGUUUUCCAUCGCGCCUUACAAGCCAAUUCCAUCUGCUAGAGGCUAUUUAUUUCUUAAAUAACGCUAUAUAGAUUGGUAAGUGAUUUCUUUUGUAUCUGCGCUUCCAUUAUUUCAUCUUUCUAAAGCUUACUAUCCCUCAAAGAAGAAAUUAAACUGCACUAAAUACAUUAUGGAUAAGCGAUAUAAACUAUUCCACGAUUAGUAUGAAAGGUGAUCCAAUAAACAUCUUAUAUAUCUAUAUAA